GCAUUCCCCUUGGCCUGGCCAGAGUCGCUAAAUGGCCUCUUUCGGACUCCGCUCCGCGGUCCAGCCCCUCCUCCGCCCUUUGUCCGGUGGCUGGCCCGGGUCUCUGCAGGCGGGCUUCGCUCAGCCAAGUCAGGCGGCGCAGGGCGCUGCGCGAGCUACGGGUGCUACUUGUUGCAUUUCUGCAGAAAAAAUGUUUCUCCGGGUGCGCGUCGUGGGGUGGAGGGGGGAGCAAGAACUGAGGUUUUUGUUUGCAGCUCGAGUCCGGAGAGCUGGAUUCCCUGGCACGGAUUCUCCCCGCCGAGUGGAUUCCCCAGCUGCAGGCGGGAGCCCUUCCAAGAGCUGCUCGGGGCGCGGCUUGGCUGCUGCGCCGCGGCGGCUCAGCCCCCGCAGCCCGCGCCUCCUCGCUCUGGGUCCGGGACUGGGAGUGCGGUCUCAGUGGAACAGCCGGGGGAGGAGCCGCGGUGCGCAGGCUGCGUCCGGAAGGGACCCAAGUCGGCGAGUGGCGAGGAAACCGGGCGGAAAUUCGUUCUUCCCACACUCUGCCCCCCGGGGAUGCAGGCGAGGAAAGAGGAGACGGCGGAGGGAGGAUAGACCCCGGCAGGGGGAGGAGGCUCCGCGUCUGGUCAGCCCAAGUCCGGGACGCCAAGUGAGAAAAGUACCACCCUGCGGGAAGUUUGGGCAGCACGGAGUCCGCCAGCAUUCUACAGAAGUUGUGGGGAGCACAGUUUGUCUGCAAAGAGCUGUUGGCGGGCUACUGUCGGCAGAGGCUAGGUCAACCCAUUCUAACUGUGGCGUGUUUGGGUUUUUGACGUCGAUGGUAGCGGAGGAGAGGCACCGCCCCCUUUAGGGAUCUGAACUGAAUUAUUUGCUUGGCUCUGCUUUAGGCUAGAGCAUGGAGAAAGCUCAGAACUGGUUCUACCACCGUGAAAGUGCCUCUGUCAGAUUUUGGUGAUUUAGUCUCAUUAAUUCCCCUCCAGUCUUCCAGCCCUGCACGUGUGCAUAUAUAUAAAAUUACCUUACCAGACCCUCCGGUAACUGCUCCCUGCGGGGGUAGCUGGGGGUGGGGGAGGUUGCUCCCCUUUAUGUCUGGGCUUGCAGUGAUCUUCAGUCUUUAGGCCCAAAAGUUCUCAGGCCUGGCUUAGUUGAGGAAGUCUCAUCGUUUCUUAUCAAUAGAGAAUGGAGCAUUUAUCAAUUGCUCCUUUGAGGGCAGCCCCUGCUGAGAAGAGAAUGGGCAAGAAAGAGCUGUUAAUUACCGUUUGUUCAUGCAAACUAUCUCGCGAAAAAUAAAAGCCCCCUUCUGCCCACCCCACCCCAAAGUGUUCAGAAAAUGUAAUUUUUAAGGACCUACUCUGUGGGAAAUUAAAGGAAAGAGACGUAUCUUCCCCUCAAGAAGCUGACGAUCUGGAGUACAUUUAUGUGGUUUUCGUAUGUAGCCCCAAUGGUCUCCGUGUCUGUAAUGCUACCCGUUCAGACGUGUGAUUCGUUUUCAGACCAUCUCUCUCUUCCAGGAGUUCAAGUGGUAUUUUGUUUUAAUCUAGCAGUACUUAGAUCCCCUGGUAAUAAAAAAGUGGAGCUGGAAAAGCAACCCCCAAACUGCAUUAACUCUAUAUUUCUCCCAGUUACCAGGCAAGAGGCAUCUAGUGAGAAGUUAGCAUGUGCCAGGCCUCAGGAUGAACAGCUUCUUAGGGAGACUGAUGGGCAAGGCGCAGUGCGGGCGGGUGGUAAGAGCUGUGCAGUGUGGCUGUGGGAGCCCUGAGGAGGAGAACUCUGCCUGGACUGAGAGCAGAGGAAGGCUUCCAGCGUCAGGAAGUACUGAGUAUUACCUAGAUGCAGGUAAGAAGGGUGCUCAGAGGGGAAGCGUGGGAACAUACGCAAGAGAGUGAUUUAGGAACCGCCAGAACUUCUGUCUGAAUCUUUGUUGAUGAGAUUUUUUUGACAUCUGUAUUUUUUGAUAGUGUCACACAACCCUUGCUCGUACAAUGACUUCCAAAUAAAUAUUCCUUAUUGCCCUUUAAGGAUGUCCAGCAGGCAGUUGACCUAACCAUACCCACACUGCAACAUCAAGAGCUAUCUCCGCCUAAAUAAACCAGGUGCUAUACAAAGAAAA